CCGGGAAAGAUGCUGCCCGGGGCGGGCUUUAGGAGUCUCUCCCCCACACCCGCCGGGGGCCUGCAGCUCAGCCCAAGCGGAAAGCUUCCUGCGGAGAGGGCCCGGAGGCUGAGGAGGAAAGCCGAGCGGGGCGCGGGCGCUGAGGGAGCCAAGGGAGCGGCUGGGGGCGCCUGUCGCCUCCCGCACUCCCCCGCCAGGCGCCGGCGGCGCCGCGCUGUUCUGUUCCCUGACAAGCGUGUGGGCUGCGUUCUGGAGCCGCCAGUUCUAUUCCUGCCACAGUGUGGAAACAAGCUAUGUUUAGGGCUGUGCUUCGCGCAACAGCUUCCAGCCUGGCAUCAGGCACAGCCCAGCAGUCCCUGGUGCCCAGCAGGCAGGUCCCUGGGGUCCUCGCAGAGGCUGUGUUCCCCUUCCACAGGUUCCUCCUACGUGCCUCAGACCUGCUGCAGCGCGUGCCGGAGCCCAGGCAGCGGGCUAGGCCAGAGGGCAGCGCGUCAGGAGCCGGGUCGGGGUCAGAAGCCCUGGCCUCUCAUGCCAGCCCUGCUGCUCCAGCUUUGCUACUUGGAACAAGUCACUUCAAAUCCUCAGAACCCUGCGGGUGCCGCGUCUCCACCCGGCGCCUCCAUCGCCUCCAACGAGCCAUGUUCCAGGCUGCAGGAGCCGCCCAGGCCACCCCUUCUCAUGAAACCAAAGGUGGCGGAGGAAGCAGUACCGUGCAGCGCUCCAAGUCCUUCAGCCUCCGGGCCCAGGUGAAGGAGACCUGCACUGCCUGCCAGAAGACUGUGUACCCCAUGGAGCGGCUGGUGGCUGACAAGCUCAUUUUCCACAACUCUUGCUUCUGCUGCAAGCACUGUCACACCAAGCUCAGCCUGGGCAGCUAUGCAGCGCUGCAUGGGGAAUUUUACUGCAAACCCCACUUUCAGCAGCUGUUUAAGAGCAAAGGCAACUACGAUGAAGGCUUUGGCCGGAAGCAGCACAAGGAGCUCUGGGCCCACAAGGAGGUGGACCCCGGCACCAAGACAGCCUGAGGCCCCUCUGGCAGUCCCCUCCCUCCUCCCUCCAUAGAGGGCCUGGAGCGGGCAGUUGGAAGGGUGGGAGAUUGGACCCUGGGCUUGGUUGGGGCAGGGUGGGAAGGGGAUGAGGCCAUCUUGCUCAGGCAGGGUUAUGGGGACAGGGCUUUGCUCCAGGAUUUCUUCUUCUCCCUCAGUAGGCCGGGGUUUGGGAACCAGGAUUGGGCUUUGCUCAGCACCCUGUUUCCUGCUUCUUUCAGCCUACCCCACUUCACCCCGUGGCCCCCCCGGGAGGCCCCCAGACUCAGCUUCCCUAUCUAGGUGCCUUUUCUCCAGCAAGGAGUCAGCAUGCCCUCCUCAGGGUCCCGAGCUCCCUCACUGCCACCUGGGGCCCUGGGCAGCCCCCACGUCUCCCCAUCUACCUCUGCCCUUAGCCUGGUCCUGAGCCAUGGAGAAUGGAGGAAGGUGAGCCAGGGUGCCCCCUGCGGCCUCUCCAGGUGCCCACCAGGACCCGCCCCGGGGAGGGGUGGGAAGUGGAGCAGCCCUGCCCCCCCCUCCAAAAAGGCGAGGCAGGGCAUGCCCGUGAGGGCCUGGGACCAUCUUGCACCGCUGAAGAAGCAGAAACUAAAGCAUCCGCCAGGCUGAGAGCCACAAAGACUGGCGGGGAGCUGGCAGGGCCAUGCUCCCUGUUCUCCUAUUUCUGUUGGUUCUGACUGUUGUGAUCAAACCUGUUUUAAAACAUGUUUCAACAGA